UGUGCUCUCAACUGUUUUGUAGAUCACGACUUUCUGUUGCUACAAGAACUCAAUUCCUCCAUCGUAGGGAAUACAUGUGCAACUAUCUGACGAGCCUGCUAGAGUCUCCAUUGCGAAUCGUUAGCCCCCUCAGCUGAAACGACGAUGUCCUCUACCAAUGUCCCAACCACGGCUCCAGCUCCCGCUGCUACGCCCAUCACAACACUGACGCAUCAGCCUGAGCUAGUUGCCGCACUGGACCCAGAGGACGAGAAAGACCAAUCCGAUGGCUCUUCGGCCGUGGGCGACGAUUUCGCAAGCUCAACCGCCUCUAUCACAAGCAGUAUUCUCGAGUAUCGCACCAUUCAAGGACGGACAUACCACAGUGACCGACACCCAACCGAGUACUUUACUCCCAACGAUGAGAAACAGCGUGACUCGGUUGAUAUUAGCCACCACUCUCUCACGUUGCUCAUUGGCGGCAAGCUCUUUCUUGCGCCUAUUGACCAGAAUGUUCGGAAAGUCUUAGAUGUCGGCACUGGAACAGGAAUUUGGGCAAUUGAUUUUGCAGAUGAAUUUCCACAGGCCGAAGUCAUCGGUUCUGAUCUAUCACCUAUUCAGUCCGCAUGGGUUCCCCCGAAUGUCAAGUUUGAGAUAGACGACGCAACCCUCCCUUGGUCUUGGGCAGACAAUAGUUUCGAUUUUAUCCACAUUCGUUACCUUUUCGGCGCCAUCCGCGAUUGGAGUGCCCUCUUCAAACAGGCUUACCGCUGUUGCGCUCCAGGAGGUUGGGUUCAGUCAUGCGAGGCCGACGUCGAGAUCCGAAGCGAUGACGGUACUACGGAUGAUGUUCCUGUCUUGAAGACUUGGGCAAGAAUCUAUGCAGAAGGCGGGCAGAAGUUGGGAACCCCGUUCUAUGUCCAAAGACAAGGAUUGCAGGAGAAGGGUUUUCAAGAGGCUGGGUUCACAGAUAUUACAAGUGUGGACUAUAAGCUUCCGGUAAGCGCGUGGCCCAAGGAUCCUAAUCUCGCCGAGGUUGGCCAAUACGUCAACAUGACUCUGGAAAAUGACAUCGAAGGAUAUACUCUCAUGCUGUGGCACAAUGUUCUUCAAUGGCCUAAAGAUGAGUACCCGGAUUUUCUGAUGGAAUUCCGUCGCCGUGUGUUGCGCAAUCGCAAGGUUCAUGGAUACAUGUCAGUGCGUUAUGUGUAUGGUCGCAAGCCAGAAUAGGAACAGUGCUACGGAUCCUAUACUCUAGAAAUACCAUCAAUAGGCUUAUAAUGCGAUACUAUAUCAUUCUUGA